UUUACGUUGUUGACAUUGCUUGCUCUCUGUUAGUUCUUGAAGUAUAGAUCUAGGAACUUGAUUUGGUAGCAAAAUGCAGAGAGUUAGUGCUCUGGUGAGCUGUGAAUGGCUUUCCCGAAUCCUUUCCCCUCAAACUCAAUAUCUCAGGGUUCUGGAUGGGACUUGGUACAUGCCAAGCAGUGGGAUGGACCCCAAAGCAGAAUUCGCCAAAAAGCACAUCCCGGGUGCAGAGCAGUUCAGCAUCGAUGACUGCACACUCCCGCACUCUCCUUUCUCCAAUACCCUUCCCACGCCGGAGUUCUUCGCAGAGUACGUCGGAGAGCGCGGGAUCUGCAACAACACGCAUGUGGUAGUCUAUGACAAUCAUCCACAGCUGGGAGUGUUCUCUGCAGCUCGAGUUUGGUGGCUGUUCCGAGUCUUUGGCCACAACGCUGUCUCGGUCUUAGACGGAGGUCUUCCACUGUGGGAGAAGGCAGGACAUCCGCUGUGUAGCAGCACAGCACCCAGUGAGGUGGAGAAGCAGGAGUUUAAAGCUGAGCUCCAACCCAAUCUGGUCAAACGGUUUAGUGAUAUGACAGGCAAUCUGAACACAAACAAGUUUCAAGUUAUGGAUGCCAGAUCAAAGGCCAGAUUUCUUGGCAAGGUGCCUGAGCCGAGAGAAGGAUUAACCUGUGGCCAUAUGCCAGGUUCUGCCAAUGUGCCUUUCUCGACCCUCCUCAAUGACGACGACUCAGAGAGGGCGCGUCUCAUGAAGUCCCCAGAAGAGCUUGUCAAGAUAUUUGCAGACAGUGGCAUUGACCUCUCCGGACCUGUCACAGCGACCUGUGGGUCAGGGGUCACAGCCUGCAUCCUGGCAUUGGCCGCCCAUCAGACUGGAAAGAAGGAUGUCGGAGUUUAUGAUGGAUCGUGGGAGGAGUACGCUCAGAAAGCAACCGAAGAUCAGAUGGUGGUUUGCAAUCCUGAGACUGCAAGUGCUGGUUAAUAAAUUAUAAUAUGUAGUGAUAAGUUUACUUUGAAUACAUAUGGUAAGUUUGGGAAAAUAUAGCACUUUUAUAUACAUGUAGUACUUUGGGGAUAAUGCAACAUUUGCCAAUGUUUAAUUGCUGGUUUUUUGUAUUUCUUUUAAGUAUUCUUAUUUUUCAUUCUUAUGUUUUUGUGAUACAUUUGUCUUAUUAGUAUAACUACUAAAAUUUAUUUAUAUCCUGGGCUGACGUAUUCUUUUAAGUAUUCUUAUUUUUCAUUCUUAUAUUUUUGUGAUACAUUUGUCUUAUUAGUAUAACUACUAAAAUUUAUUUAUAUCCUGGGCUGAAGUAUUCUAGAAAUAUCCAUUUUGAUCAUGUGUUUUCAUAAUAGAGUUUGUAGUUAUUGACUAGUGUUAAGUGAAAAUUCACCCAAUUUCUUGUGGAAAACACCAUAUUGUAGUGCAUCAUACAAUGUAUGCUUUAGUGGUUAUAUCAUAUAGAUAUUGAUUUCUUCUGUUAAAGAGCAUCUUUAACCACACAAUGAGAUUGACCUACUGGUUGAGGCCUUGUAUUUAGUGUAGCCUUAUUGACACGUAAUAGGAAAAACAUUCUAUCCAGCACAGAAAAAUUCUGUAAGACAUGCAAGCAACACAUGUAUUCUUUACUUGAACAAUAUAUAUUUAAAGACCAUAUCCGAACUGAAAAAUGAAAUGGAUGAAUGAUAUAUCAACUGAAAGCUUAAAAGCCAAAGAUUGCAAUAAUAUCAAUUAUAUGCCAUUUUUAGUGUCUGUCAGAGGAGUAUCUGCUUUCUGAAAACUCAAAAUCUAAAGCUUUAAAAUCUAAAGUUGUCAACCUAAAAACUUAUUAUCGACUUGAUGACAUCAUCUUGUGUGGAGUAUGCAUAUUCACAAUGACUUUGCAUUAAUUAAUCACGGCUCAUCACCUCACCUAUAUAGGUGCAACGGUCGGGUACAGCUAUGCCGUCACUUUGACUUCAGCAAAUUUGACCCCUGUUGACCCGUAAUUUUGAGCGGUGUGGAAAAUGGGGUUUUAAUUUGCCUUUGUGCAAUAAUGAAAGGGUAAAUACUUUUUAUUCCUUUAUAUUUCUACUCUAAAUUCAUUCAGUUUUAUUUUCAUCGGAAACGUCUCUAAGCUCCAAAAAAUUGAGGAUUUAAAUAAACAUAACGAACAAGAAGUAGUGACAGGCACAUAUGUCACAUAUAAAUACUACAUACCGGUAGUAUACCUAGCAAGAGUCAAAUAGAGUACCACUGGUAAAGAGAACAUUACAAAAUAAGUUGAUGUCAUCUUCCAGAAAUGCAGACUGUAGGUUGGUGCAUUCCCAGCACCUGAAAAUGAUAGGAUGCAGUAACAAAUGGACAUGAGGGUGAUAUUGGUAUAUACAUGUACAUAUAGAGUUAACAAGUGAGUUAUUCAUACCCCUGGUAAAGUUGAUGUUUUGAGUGUAUUUUGUUACUCAAGAAUGAAAAGUGGUCUGGUUGAAUAGAGGCCUUCGGCAAGUGAAUGCUUUCAGAUGUAAGCUUUGAUAUAUCACAUUCUCAAGAAACAUAAAUCAGGACAAAUCUAUUUUUCACAUACUUGUGGAGUGACUUUAUGGUUAUUGUUAUAUGUACAAAUUAAAAUAAGAUUUAAUUUUAAAAAAUUAAAUUAAGAAGAAUUUACAUACAAUAAUUCAGUUGUUCACCGUACAUCUAUGCAACUUCAUAUUUCUUUAUGCGAUUUCUUGUAGAGUACACUUCUCUUGUUCGAUUUUCAUGCAGUGGUUUACAGAUGUUUCAUUAUGAUGCUUUUGACUUUAAUACCUCGAUGUAAAAAUAUAAAUAUGCACAAAACUGUAACUAUCGGCAAUGAAGAAAUAUUUUAUCUUUCUGCACAAAUAUCGAUUGCCAACAUUCCCCAAAAGCCAGCAAAAAA